AUGGGGGAAAACUCACCUCGUCGUGAGAAUGUCAAUCAGAUCACGCCCUUGGUCAAUCAGAAGAAGUCGAUCUCAGUUACUAUUAAUAGCAGCACAUGUAUUUUUGAAGCCGAUUCUGGGUCGCCUGUAACCAUCAUGACGGAAUCUACGUUGAAUAUCAUCAUGUCCAACAGAAAGAUAGAUCUUUCCAAGUUGUUGGCUCUAAUCUUGUUGGUUGUAACUGGUCUCAGCAGCAAAGCCAUUCUGAAGAAAUGCGAUCACUUGUUCUCAACAGAUCUUGUUCGCUACACAGGACCAAAAGUGUCUUUGCAAAUCGAUUCGGCGUCUCCGCCCGUGAGACGGCUUUCACGCCGUAUACCCUUCGCCAUUAAGGGCCUCGUGGAAGAAGAAAUCGAUCGCUUAUGCUGUCAAGGCAUUCUGGAGCCUGUGGAAUACUCCGAUUGGGCAACGCCAAUAGUACCCGUGGUAAAAAGAGAUGGUUCCAUCCGUAUAUGCCGCGACUACAAGUCAACGCUGAGUAAGGCAAUUAAGCCACACUCUCAUCAAAUUCCAGCCGGUAGCACGCUUUUGGCUUCGAUUGAAGGUGGAUCGAUUUAUGCAAAAAUUGAUUUGGCACAGGCAUACCAACAGCUCGUGGUUGAUGAGCGUUCAUCACUCCUGCAAACCGUGUCAACGCAUAAAGGCGCAUUCAAGGUAACCAGGCUGCAGUUUGGCAUCUCAUCAGCACCCGGUAUAUUCCAAAGCUGCAUCGAAAACGUUUUGCAAAACAUUCCUGGCGUCUUGCCGUACUUUGAUGACAUCGUGGUCAUGGGUAAAUCGGAAGAUGAGCUCGCAAACAGACUGGAACAAAUAUUUGUACGUUUCGACAAGGCCGGACUACGUUUGCGCAAGGGCAAGUGCCAGUUUAGUGUGCCAUCCAUCGAAUUUUUGGGGUUUAAACUGGACAAUCUCGGUAUACGACCCUCACAUGACAAGAUCAAGGCCAUUCAUGAAGCACCAUCGCCAAAGGACAAGAAGCAACUCCAAGCGUUUCUGGGCUUACUCAACUUUUAUCACGCCUUUUUACUCAACAAAGCAACAAUCGCUGAGCCGCUUCACCGCUUGCUCGACAAAAGUGCUCGAUGGACUUGGAAAGAGCAACACGAAACCGCUUUCAAUACGCUUAAAAGGCUGAUCGCAUCAGAUAAUGUGCUUAUCCAUUACAAUGAGAACUUGCCCUUAGUGCUCACUUGUGACGCAUCGCCGUACGGACUCGGAGCAGUUCUCAGCCACCGGUUAGCAGACGGGUCGGAGAAACCCAUUGCAUUCUACUCAAGGACGCUGUCGAAGGCAGAACGAAAUUACGCACAGAUAGAUAGGGAAGCAGUCGCCCUCGUCUCUGGAGUGAAGAAAUUCCACAACUACUUAUAUGGCAGAUUUUUUACGCUUGUCACCGAUCACCGUCCACUCUUGGGAAUUUUCACCACAACAAAACCGGUCCCCAACGUAAUUUCGAACACAAUGCUUCGUCGAUCAAUUUUUCUCAGCGCGUACAACUUCAAUUUGGUACACCGCGCUGGUCUUAGAAUGGGCAAUGCAGACUUUUUGAGCCGUUGUCCAAUGCUGUCUGAAGCAGAGUCUACGACGACCGAAGACAUUCUCAUGGUAGAAAUAUCGGCAAAACCAGUUGUCAGCGCGCAGCUGAUUGCCUCUCAAACUUCUAAGGGUCCGGAGCUCUCCAAAGUUUUCAACUGGGUGUUAAGGGAGUGGCCCAGCAAAAUCAACCGCUCCGAUAAGCUGUAUCAAUACUUUUGCCGUCGAACUGAACUCAGUGCAAAUAGAGGAUGUCUAGUUUGGGGAAACCGCGCUGUAAUCCCGUCUACUCUUCGAGGGUCUAUUUUGAAAACUCUUCAUGCACCACAUCCUGGCAUCGUCAAAAUGAAGGCCGUUGCUCGAAGUUAUGUUUGGUGGCCGAACAUCGAUGCGGAAAUCGAACUCGUUGUGAAGAAAUGCAGUUCAUGUCAACAAAAUCGCAACGAUCAACCCCAAACAACAACGCACCACUGGGAAUCUGCAAAACGUCCAUGGUCCCGCCUGCAUGUGGAUUUCGCAGGUCCUUUUCGAGGCAAAUUAUUCUUCAUACUCAUCGACUCCUACUCUAAGUGGCUUGAAGUGGCCGUCGUUAAUUCAACUUCUUCAGCGGCCGCUAUUAAGGUGUUACGCCAAAUAUUCGCCACGCAUGGGCUACCUGAUGAGCUCGUGUCGGACAACGGAACAGCUUUCACAUCUGAGGAGUUUAAGAACUUUAUGAAGAACAAUCUAAUUCGACAUAUCCGUUCUGCACCGUUCCAUCCCUCUACAAACGGGCAGGCGGAGCGAAUGGUUCAAAGUACCAAAAAUUAUUUGAAGAAAGCAGAGCCUGGCAUAAACAUCGAUAUCAGCCUGGCUAGAUAUUUGUUCAACCAACACACCACCCCGCACUCAACAACGAACCGCUCGCCUGCAGAGCUACUGUUCAAUCGUGAGCUGAAAACUUAUUUCGACAAAAUUCAACCUCACGAAAUAGUUUACGGUAAGGUCACCGACCCUGUCAGUACUAAACCUUUUAUUUCAGGCAGUCCAGUAUGGGUUCGUAAUCAUUCGACGGGCCCGAGAUGGAUCGAGGGCCUGGUGGAAAAUCAGACUGGGCCUAUACCUUAUGAGGUUCGGUUGAACGACUCUAGGGUCAUCAAACGACAUCAGGACCAGCUUCGUAGUCGGGUGGCAUCAGAAGAUUGCGACUGUGAAAUACUGUCAACCGAAGACGUCGAAGCCAGCACAAUCCAAUCAUCUGAUGAAGUUGAUUCAAGUACUUCUGGUCACGUCGUGGAGACUCAAUCGCCAGGGCCAUCAACGAAUCUACAGCCUGUCGCCUCGUCAUCGCCAACACCGGAAGAACCGCGCAGAUCGAAGCGCGAGCGACAGGCCCCACAAUUCUACUCCGCCUCUGGGUGUUAA